AUGAAGGUUCAGUGCGGUCUGUCUGCUGCUUUUGCGGCUCAGGCGCUGGGUGCAGCAUUUCCUGCCACCACUUACGGUGACAAGCUUCGGCCCCUGAUAUCGUCGGAGAAGAUCCAGAAAUUGAUUACCACUGAUGGACUCAUGGGCAACUUGGAGGCAUUCCAAGCAAUUGCCGAGGCCAACGGAGGAAAUCGCGCUUUUGGAUUGCCGGGCUACGCAGCUUCUGUCGAUUACAUCGUGUCGCAAACGAAGAAUGCUAGCAACUUCCGUACUUGGGUGCAAGACUUUCCCGCCCUGUUCAACCGGGUGGACUCGAUCAAAUUCAGCAUCAGCCGCAUGAAGCCAGCCGCGGCCGCCGGUGCAGCAGCAGUCAUCUUAUACAGUGAUCUGCCUACUCAGGUAACUGCCGGCACACUUUCCAACCCCAACCCCGAGGAAUACGUACCAACUGGCUACAUCAACAAAGCCGAUGGGGAAGCUUUAGUUGCACGACUACAAGCUGGUGAAGCCAUUGAGGCAUACUUCCAACAAACCCAGAUUGUUGAGACCAGGAUUACGCAGAACGUCUUCUCAGAGACGGUUGAUGGUGACCCGAACAAUGUCGUUAUGCUUGGUGCUCAUCUGGACAGCGUGCAAGCUGGCCCGGGAAUCAACGACGAUGGUUCCGGCUCGACCUUGAUCCUCGAAAUCAAACGGGCGCUCGAGAAAUUCCGCGUCAAGAACAAGGUCCGCUUCGCUUGGUGGGGCGCCGAAGAGAAUGGUCUGCUUGGAUCAAAGUACUACAAUCUGAAUGCAUCGGAAGCCAACAAGAUCCUUACUUAUCUCAACUUCGAUAUGGUUUCCAAAGGCUACUUUGGUGUCUUUGACGGAGAUGGCAGCUCUUUCAAUCUAUCUGGGGCUCCUGGAUCAGCCGCGAUCGAGAAGCUCUUUGCUGAGCACUUCACAAAGAACGGUGUAAACGUGACUGCGGCUCGCUUUACGGGUGGUAGUGACUACCAGUCAUUUAUGAACAUCGGAAAGCCCGUUGGCGGUCUCCACACCGGCACUGGAGUAGAUCAAGACCCUUGCUACCACCAAGCAUGCGACACGGGCGGGGAGUUCAUUCCUAAGAGCCCAGUCAAUGCAAGCAUGAUCACGCCCAGAGGUCUUGCCACUCUGGAUAUCCAGUGGACCGCUCCCGAAGAGGGUGAGAGGCACACGGGUACAUGCGGCUUCGAGGUCUAG